AUGGCGACUAACCUCAAGAUCUUGCUGGAGGCGGCCGCAUCCAUUCAAGGCUCGGAAAACCUAUCGGCGGCCCUUGAACGCCUGCGACCAACAAUACAAAAACUAGCCCCGGAAACUCUGACGCUGCUGGAAGUUGACCAACAGAUCGCCACAGCCAGCGGCCUGGGUAGGCGGGAUCAUUUACUGGCUCUCUUGACCAGUCUGGAACAUGUUUACCGCACCAAAGCGGAUGAAUCGACAUUCGACCAAGGAUCUUUAGAGCAGUCCGCGGCGGCUCGACGAAUCUGUGAUUUUGCCGCAAAGUCGAUCGCGCCCAUCGUUGUGCCUCCGAAAGAAGAGGACCAUGUCGAGGGCUACCACCCCACAGCUGCCGAUGUCCAACGUGACGUUGCCGCCGUCGUCGCGAGGUGCCAUCCCCUCGCGGAGUCCGGUCUGGCCGUGAUCAAGUGCAUUCUCCAGAACCAUCGACCCGGCGGCCGGGAUGCUACCGACCUGAUAGGGCCCCAAGUAUUGAUGACGGCGGUCGCGUACGCGGACCCAAGCCAGCCGUGGACGACGCCUGUCGCCUCCCAGCUGGCUCAGGAGAUAAUAGAGGCCAUCAUCUCGGCGACCGACGUCGACAGGGACGCUGUCAUCGUCGACUGGGUGCUGAAGGACUACCUCCGGCCGUUGUUCACCAGGUCUAAACCCGCCACCGUCACCGACUCGGGCCGCAAGGCCCAUUUUGCCCCGGAGCCCGAGUCGACCGGUGGCGUCCUGGACCGGGAGACGAGGGCGGCCAAGCCCUGGAAGCACGUGGACCUGCGCGCGGUGCCAGCUUUUGCCUGGGCUCUCAAGGAAGCCAAUAAAGACCUGAUGAGUCGCCACUGGCCGCUUUACACCCCUGUGUUGCUCGCAUUGCUUGACGAUGGAGACGCCAGCGUCAAACGCCAAGCUCUGAGCCUCUUGGACGUCUUUCUCGGCAAAAUCGAGGCCAAAACGCUCAUCGACACUGGCCUCGACAGCGUCUUCCAAGACGCCGUGUUUCCUGCCCUGAUGCUGCUGCCGAGCAUGACACCGGAAGCCGAGUGCCUACAGAUUCUGGGACCAGCGUACGAUGCCCUCCUUACCUUGUCACGAGUAACGGCCGCCGGUAAGCAGACCAACACGAAAACACUCAAUAAAAAGAUUCUCGACAAGGUCCUGCGCGAGGGCGUAUUCUCUGGCUUCUUCUAUGCCAGAGAACACAUACGUGUCGUCGAGGUUUUGCUCAACAAGACUGGACUGGUUGUGCAAGAAAUGGGCAUAUACUCUGUUAAGCAUCUAAAGGACCUUAUCCCAAUGCUCGCAUCGGUCAUGGAAGACCCGUUUGCCAUGGCCCACCUGCCGUCAUUGUUAGCUGCCAUCGAGGCCCUGCAGGCCGUUAUUGCCAACUCCUGGCCACGACUUGGUCAACCACCUUGGCGCGAGGCCAUAAUCAAGGCGCUCGUCAUUUGCUGGAUGCGCGCAGACGAUAACGGGAGCAAGCAAGACGCAUCUACUCAAGUGCAGAACAACCUCGCAAAAGCCGCCAAAAUGCUGGCAGCGGUGACGCGUUCCGAAGGCAUAGACCUUGCUGAGGUGGUGGCUCCACUGACGGCGCAAGAUGCGUCGCUGCACAAGCUCUUUGAUAUCUCUGCCAAGGGUUAA